AUGACUUUCUUAUCUAGUCUUCUAUUCUUCAGUAUCGGACUAUUGGCGAUAUUUUCAACGGUUUUCGGACUUGAAGAGGUUCUUGCAUUCCAGGAAAAUGGGCAAGAAACCAGGCCUUUCGGGGUAUACUCGGCGCUUAAGUACACGGUACUGGACGGCUUUUUCAGACAGAGCGAUGAGGGUACCGAUGAUCGUACCUACGACCCUCUCACGGACUCUUUCGGACUUCAGUAUUCUGGGCCCCGGCGCUGGGAGAGAUUUGUUGAGCAUAUCUCUCUCUUGAAUGAAAAUGCUCCCGUGGAUGUCAGCUACAAAGUUUUAUACCUGGCAAGACAUGGCCAAGGGCAUCAUAACGUUGCGGAACACCAUUUUGGAAAUGAGGCUUGGGAAUGUUAUUGGGCCAUGAAAGGGAAUAAUGGAACCUACUACUGGGGACCUGACGCCCGCCUGACUGAAAAAGGAAUCUCUGAGCUACGUGAGCGUUACCCACAAGUAGAUUUCCCCAUGGAUGGCUCGUUCCCGGAGGAAGACCCGCUGUGGAAUUAUCACCGCGAGUCUCUACAAGGUCGUAACGCCCGGAUAAAAUAUGCGAUGGACAACAUGAUCGCCGCUUCUAAUGAAACCUAUAUCUCGAUGACUUCGCACUCUGGAGUCAUCAACUCGACUCUUGUGGCUCUCGGACAUCGUCCAUAUAACCUUCAGACGGCGGGCAUGAUUCCUGUUGUCGUAAAAGUGGAGCGAGACCGGGGGGGUCUGCAAAAGUGGUUUCAGCCGAAUAACCCUUCGUUCAAAAAUGUUGACGGUAGCCCAAGGGUGGAGGAGAGAGUAAUUUGUGAUAAUUACCCACCCGUCAACGUAUCGGGAUUGUACGAGAGCGGGAUGGGAGUUUGGCCGUGGUCAUAG